AUGAUUCUUCCAAAUCCAACAAUCCUGGGGAGCACUGCAUUCUUGAAUCCUGCAUUUUCUCUCAAAAUGAUGGUGUGGGCACUUCUGUUCCUCUCUCUCAUCCAGCGUUCCACCCAAAAGGGAGAUGAUGAUUAUGAAGAUUACACUUCAAAUAAGACUUGGGUUUUGACUCCCAAAGUCCAUGAGAGUGAUGUGACUCUUAUUUUAAAUGGCUUGCUGGAAGGAUAUGACAAUAAAUUGAGACCUGACAUAGGAGUUAAACCAACAAUAAUUCACACUGACAUGUAUGUAAAUAGCAUUGGCCCUGUGAAUGCUAUAAAUAUGGAAUAUACAAUUGAUAUAUUUUUCGCCCAAACGUGGUAUGACAGACGUCUGAAGUUCAACAGCACUAUAAAAGUGCUCAGAUUAAACAGCAAUAUGGUUGGGAAGAUCUGGAUACCAGACACAUUUUUCCGAAAUUCCAAGAAGGCUGAUGCUCACUGGAUAACAACUCCUAAUAGGAUGCUCAGGAUCUGGAAUGAUGGCAGAGUCUUGUACACGUUGAGGCUGACAAUUGAUGCUGAGUGUCAGCUACAGUUACACAACUUCCCAAUGGAUGUCCAUUCCUGCCCACUGGAAUUUUCAAGCUAUGGCUACCCCAGAGAAGAGAUCAUUUACCAGUGGAAGCGCAGCUCGGUGGAGGUGGGGGACACCCGCUCCUGGAGGCUUUACCAGUUCGCCUUUACAGGACUAAGAAAUACAACUGAGGUGGUGAAGACUACUUCAGGAGACUAUGUAGUCAUGUCUGUCUUCUUUAACCUGAGCAGGAGAAUGGGUUAUUUCACUAUUCAGACCUACAUUCCCUGCACGCUUAUUGUUGUCUUGUCCUGGGUUUCUUUCUGGAUUAAUAAGGAUGCAGUUCCAGCCAGAACAUCACUGGGAAUUACAACUGUCCUGACAAUGACCACCCUAAGUACAAUUGCUCGUAAAUCUCUUCCCAAGGUCUCCUAUGUGACAGCAAUGGAUCUUUUUGUGUCAGUCUGCUUUAUUUUUGUGUUCUCUGCACUGGUGGAAUAUGGAACUUUGCAUUACUUUGUCAGCAACAGAAAGCCAAGCAAGGAUAAAGACAAAAAGAAGAAAAACCCACUUCUUCGGAUGUUUUCCUUCAAGGCACCUACUAUCGACAUCCGCCCCCGAUCAGCUACUAUUCAAAUGAACAAUGCUACACACCUCCAAGAAAGGGAUGAAGAAUAUGGGUAUGAGUGUCUUGAUGGCAAGGACUGUGCCAGUUUUUUUUGCUGCUUUGAGGAUUGUCGGACGGGAGCAUGGAGGCACGGCAGAAUACACAUCCGCAUUGCCAAAAUGGACUCCUAUGCCCGCAUCUUCUUCCCAACUGCCUUCUGCUUGUUUAACCUGGUGUAUUGGGUAUCAUAUCUGUACCUUUAA